GCGCGCACACACAAACCAACAAUGACAUCACAGGCACAGGCACAGGCACAGGCACAGUGAGGAGAGGAGAGGAGAGAGAGAGAGCCUUCUUUAAGAUCACCACACUCUCCCAAGUCCCAGCCUCCUCCUCAUUGCUCUCUCUCUCUGCAUUGUGUCACUCUAGACUAGGUCGUAGGUAACUAGCAAUUGAGCUCUUUUAAUUCCUGCUUGAUGCUUGAAGUGCAGUAAGGCACACUGCUACAAGCAAGCUGGUGCAUGAGCUUGUAAGGUACCUUGGAUCUUGCCAAGGCUUGCAAGGUCCCAUUUUGCUUCUCCCCCUGAACUUGCAGUUGCGUUUGUUUUUUUAAAGACACUUGCAGUUGUGUUUGAGUGCACCUCUAAAGUUUUGAUUGGCCCUCGAGCUCCGUACUUAAGCUCACCGCCACGUCCAUGCCGUUGAAGCCUGCAAGACUUGCUGGUUCUUGCUAGCUGCUGCUUCUUGUCCACCUACCUGAAGGUAGAAUCAAGACCAGGCUGUGAAUUCAUUAAAAAUCACUUUUUUUGCUGAUCAGUUCUCGACAUGAACAUCGCAAAUCGACCUUUCUUUUGUGAUAACGUCUGUGGAUGCAGAGUGCUGUUCAGGCUGUCCAGUGUUCUUGGCAUGUUCUUGAGAUCAAAGAUCCAGGAGAUGAUCCCGAGGAGGAGGUCGAGGUCGAUGAACGGCGCCAGCGCGCAGCGGAGCCACAUCUCCGAUCAGCUCGCGAGCUCGUCGGCAAUUCCAUGCGACAGCGACAGCCGUGGUGGGGGCGGCGCUGGCGGCAGUAAGAGCGCUACAGCUCGUGUGCUGUUCGCAUCUCCGAGGCUGUUGCACUCUUCCUCCCUGCCCACCGGCAGCGUCUUCGCCAAGGACCCAGCGCCGGACGCCGACUCCGAGACGGCCUUCUCCUUGAGCCCGACCUCCGUGCUCGACGCGGCGGCGGCCUUCGCGUCCGGCUCCGAUGUCGUCGGCAAGCGCCGGCCGUGGCUCGAGGGGCUGCACGGCCUCACCGACGCGCUGGACUCCGACCAGCAGGAAAGGGGCGUCCUUGCGGCGACGUCGCCGGCUGUCAGGGCGCAAGCGCCGCCCCUGGUCAGAUCGUGUUCCCUCGACCGCCGUGUCGAGUUCGGCGUCAAGAACAAGAGCUCGUGGCUGCCCCUGCGCUGCGGUGGCCGCGAGUCUCCGACGCGGGCACCGGCCGAUCCAGGGGAGAUGGAACCGUCGUCGGAGGACUACACGUGCGUCAUCUCCCGCGGUCCAAACCCGAGGACGGUGCACAUCUUCGGCGACCGCGUCGUGGAGGGCGCCGGGCUCGCCGAUGCGAGCGGCACGGAGAGCUCGCCGCGGCCGAUAAAUUUGCCGGCGCGCGGCGACAGGGGCUUCUUGAGCUUGUGAUCGAUGCCCGUGUAGCCAGUAGCCUGAUGCAUAGGUAAAUUGAGUUUGCUGAGUGCUAUUAAGUUCAGCCUUAAUGCUGUUAUGUUGUAUUGGUUGUUCAAUCUGAUCAGAUGAUCAUAGAUGUUCUUUUGAUCAGAUGAUCUACUAGGUGUUUUGUUCAGGUUGAGCUGAAGCUGUGAUAUAAACUUGAGUAAAUUCCAGCA